AUGCCUCUCUCCCUGUUCAACUCCCAUUCAUGCCUCUCUCCCCUUUCAACUCCCAUCCAUGCCUCUCUCCCCCUUCAACUCCCAUCCAUGCCUCUCUCCCAUAUCUCCAUCGACACACUCAACAUGUAUUCAACACGCUCCCAUUGCCGCAGUGACCUCUCACUCAACAUGCUCUUAGGGUCGCUGGAGAGCCCUCAUAUCAAUCUCAAGCGCCUGGUCAUGUUCCCCCAAUCCCCUCCUGCUUCCCGGCCGCCCAUCCCUGCUUCCCGUCCGCACUUUUGCCCCCCCCCCCCCCCUGCUUCCCGUCCCCCCCUCCCCCCCCCCCCCCCCCCCUGCUUCCCAUCCCCUCCCCUGCUUCCCAUCCCCCCCCCCCACCCCUGCUUCCCGUCUCCCCCCCCCUCUUGCUUCUCGUCUGCCCAUCCGUGCAGGGCGGCGCACCACAACCAGCUCUCACGCCCCAUUCCCGAGUUCCUCUGCCAAUCCGUGCUGCAGAUCAUGUAA